UUCUCCUGUUGGAAUUUUUUACAUUCUUUUGAUGAAGCUGGGUGUUGCUCUUGGCAAUUAGCACAACUGACACGUGUACAUUUUUCUGCUAACAAAGCUGGCGAAUUGUUUACUUUGUUAUAGGCAAUGAACUGUGAAAGUUUUACCAUAAGAAAAAAGCAAAAUAUGCUUAGUAACCGAUUGAAGACUAAACUAACAAUAUUUUCUUAUACAGACACUGCUAAAUAAACUACAAUAGCAACAAAGUUCUUCCCCACUUAUUACUAUAAGUAGUUUACUUUCUUUCUUUUGGCAAAUUUACGCAGUUGUAUUUUAAUGAAAAAAACGCAAAUGUCUCCAGCCUUUUCGGCAAAUAUAAAAACCCAAACAUUUCGAAAGUUUACCAUAGUUGAAGUUAAACAGCGCUUAAGAACGCCUACUAACUUUUCGAAAUUGUCACCAUCUAAAAAGAGUGCAAAAAAACCGCUAUGCGUCUUCUGUUCCUGUGUGUCCUUUUAGCCUGUGUGGCCUUGCCCUUCCAAGAGGCAAACGGCGCUGAUACAACAACAAUCACAGCAGACACAACAACUACCACAACUACAACGGCAGCAACAACAACCACUACAGCAGCGACAACAACAACUGACAAAUCUAAAGUGAAAUGUACCCGCUCGUGCACUCACACCUACAAUCCAGUUUGCGGUACAUACAACGGCAGGAAACGUACUUUCGAAAAUCGCUGCAUAUUUAGAGCAAUUAGGCGUUGUGCCCGCAGGCGGGGUACUUUGAGCACUCUCGGCAUCCGAUUCUUACAUACAGGUAGAUGCCCAUGAUUAUUAUGGUUGCGUACAUAAUAAAAAAAGCUCCAUGUUGGGCUUCCAAAGCAUCUUUCCUUAAUAC